AUGCCCGAAACCUUGAAGCUCGAUCUUGAGUUUACGGGGCGUUACAAUGAGCCGAAUCUGAAGCUCGUUCAUGAGGAUGGCUUGUACAUUCUUGAGUAUAAUCCCCACAAUGGAGCCUGGGUUAUUACGAGACAGGAAAGUCUCGCCGAUGUCACGGACAUUACUGUGGCCGACGUUGCGUUGCAACCGGACUCUGUCCCGGAGGCUCUGUCCUCACAGGUUGGACAGUAUCAGUUGAUCUCUUGA